UGAUAGAAGCAGCUGUAAGCGCUGUAAGCUUGUGGUAAACUGUAAAAGACAGCAGGCGUGUGACGGAUUAAUUAUACUUAUUGCUGUCAAGUAAACGACUAAAAGUAUAAAUCUUCCUAAAUAUAUAUGUAAAUAAAUAUUAUUUUAUUUAUUAUGGCGUUCCUGGAGUGGAGACGCUUCAAUUUCUUUGAUUUGAAAAAAGAAGUUGAUGCAGGAAAAAUCGCUAAAGCAUUUGGAGAUGCACAAGUCGCGGCAGCUACUAGUGGUAAUGGUAACUUGAUAUUUGGAGAUAAUACUGGCAAUGUACAUUUAAUAAACAGAGCGUAUGAGAUUACAACAUUUCGAGCUUAUGAGAUUACACUGGUGUUAGCUCAGCAAGUCCAACAUUCCACUUUUCUGUUUACUAUUGGUGAAGAUGAGCCUGGCUGCAAUCCUACUAUAAAAGUUUGGAAUUUGGCUAAACCUGAUAAACAAGGUAAUCCGACAUGUGUUCGAAUAAGCAGAGCCAUACCUAGCUACAGAGCAGUCCCAGCAACAGCUCUGUGUGUCCAUACUAGUCUUACGUUAAUGGCUAUUGGAUUUGGAGAUGGUUCUAUUAUGUUGUACAGAGGUGAUCUUUCUCGAGAGAGAAAAAAUAAAAUAAAAGUUUUGAAGGAUGCUAAUCUAUCUGUUACUGGCCUCGCAAUCAGAUCAACUGGUAAACAGACGCACCUGUUUGUCGCUACGCAAAAUAAUGUGUUUUUAUACAAUAUUACUGUUAAAGAUAAAGAAUUUAAAUCUGCUUUGGAUGCUAUGGGCUGUGCACGAAAAUGCAGCGUGCUUGCUGAAUCCAUGCAGGACAGCCAUUUUAUGAUCGGACGAAAUGAUGCUAUUUAUUGUUACACACCAGACGGCAGAGGUCCAUGCUAUGCAGUAGAGGGUCAGAAGAUCAUGCUAGAAUGGUUCAGAACAUACUUGGUGAUAGUAGCGAAGGAAGCGGCAAACGUUCCGAGAACGACAACAACUAUAUCCGCCAAACCCAACACAAUAGAACCGAUACCUCCCGGUGUAGACAAGCACAUUAUCACUGUGCUUGAUAUUCAAAAUAAGUUCAUCGUGUUCUCUGCACCGAUGGUAUCAGUCCAAGCAGUCUUGUCCGAGUGGGGUGGAUUUUUUAUACUUAGCGGAGAUAACAAGUUGUAUCAUUUAGAUGAGAAAGACUUGCAGUCCAAAUUAGCGUUGCUCUUUAAAAAGAAUUUGUACGAUGUUUCUAUAAGGAUAGCUAAAAAUCAACAAUAUGACACCGAAGGUCUUAUAGAUAUUUUCCGUCAAUACGGAGAUCAUUUAUAUUCCAAGGGGGACCAUAAUGGCGCUAUAGAACAAUACAUAAAGACUAUAGGCAAACUGGAGCCGUCUUACGUCAUAAGGAAAUUCUUAGAUUCUCAACAUAUUGAUAAUUUGACGACGUAUUUGCAAGCGUUGCAUAAAAAUGGACAAGCAACCGAGGAUCAUACAACCUUGUUGCUAAAUUGUUACACUAAACUUAAUCAUACCGAUAAAUUAAAAGAAUUCAUCAUGACAAAAGAUCGCGAAGUUGAUUUUGAUGUGGAGAUAGCGAUAAAGGUUUGCCGUCAAGCAUCGCCGGAAGAUGCUUUGUUACUCGCACAGAAGCAUGGCAAACACGAGUGGUAUCUUCGUAUCCAAAUCGAAGACAAACACGAAUAUAAAAAAGCACUAGAGUACAUGGCAACAUUAGAAUUUGAAGAGGCAGAAGCUAACAUGAAAAAAUAUGGAAAUAUAUUAAUAGAAAAUGUACCUGGCGAAUCUACACAGUUUUUAAAAGCUUUAUGUACAAAUUAUAAACCUUUCAACAAGCCUCUUGUAGAUCAGGAAGCCUUAAAUGGUUAUACAGAGCAGCAUGUCGAUAAAGCCAAUCCAGAAGAUUUUAUUCACUUAUUUCUAAAUAAUUCGGAGCGACUUGUAGAGUUCUUGGAGCAUUUAGUUAAAUCAGAUACAAGAUGGAGUACAUUAGUUUAUAAUACCUUAAUGGAACAUUAUUUACACGUUUGGUCGGCUUUAAAUAAUGAUGUAGCUAAAAUACAGUAUGAACAAAAAAUUGUACGACUUUUACAAAAUUCUGAAGCUCGUUAUGAUAAAGACCAGAUAUUAAUACUUUGUCAUCAGCAUAAUUUUAGAAAAGGAUUGCUUUUCCUUUAUGAGGAGAGUAAACUAUAUCAAGAAAUAUUACGGUUUCAUUUACGCGAGGGCGACAGCGAACAGGUUCUCGCUACGUGUAAAAGAUUUGGCCAUCAGGAUCCUAAUUUGUGGGUACAAGCCUUGUGGAGCGUGGCGAAAAAUAAGGACGUACCGACAAAACUACUUGCAGACAUAUUAGCUUAUAUCGCCCAGGAAAGACUGUUAUCUCCCUUGAUGGUCAUCGAUGCAAUCUCUACAUCAUUGACCUGUACAUUAGGAGAUGUUAGAAGUUAUUUAUGCAGUGUAUUAAGGACGGAGAACGAACAAACUCAAGCUGACGCGGAACUAACGGAGAAAUACAGAGCCGAUACUCUGAAAUUACGGGAACAAAUAGAAGCAAUAAAAAAUAGCACGAUAAUCUUUCAAGGAUCGCGGUGUAGCGCGUGCCAUCAUCAGUUGGAGUUACCAUCUGUACAUUUUAUGUGUCAACAUUCGUAUCAUCAACAUUGCUUUCAAAGCUUUUCGGAAAAUGAAAAUGAAUGCCCGGCAUGCUUGCCAAAUAAUAAGAAAUUACUGGAUAUUAUAAGAGCGCAAGAGCAGUCGAGAGACGUGCACGAAACUUUCCACAGUCUUCUCGAUCGAGCAGAGGAUCCAUUUUCUUUAGUAGCCGAUUACUUCGGCAGAGGUGUUUUUAAGAAAUUAACAGUAAUUACCGAUACAGACAAAUCAUUACCUACACCGACUAAAAUAGAGGAGCCUAAAUUAAAUUAUGGUCCGGGCGCGGAAGCGAGGCUCAGAUUAAAUGAAGGAAAGAGUUCUAUUUCAGUGGAUAAAACAGAAUCUCGACGUACUGCGUAUGAUGUUCCUACGUUGGUAACGGAAGAACGUUUCCGAAGUUUCGCAAAGCCAGAUGUAUAUUCCUCGUCGUUAGAAGCGAACAUAUCGGGAACAGGAAGCGGUUUGUCGACACCGCGAGGUAAAGCUUCGCCAGUGCCGAUUAGAGAAGCUCGUAUUUUGAACAGCACUACACCGAAAUCAUCGCCGAUCGAAAAGACUUUUGUUCCACCGAAAACCCCCAUUGUACCGUCCAAUCCCUUUGAGAAGGACGAUUAUGAUGAAUCUAAAAAUCCCUUUGCUAACGAUGACGAUGACGAUGCGACUAAUCCUUUUAAAGACGAUGAUGAUAAUGAUAAUGAUGGGGCUAACAAAGACGAUGAUGAUUACAAUAGGAAUUCGAAUCCAUUUGGCAGAUAAAUUACGAAUACAUUUCCUGUGUGAGAUUUGAUUGAAGCCAAAACGGAAUACAUAUACAGACAUAUAUGUAGACUGAUAAAUAUUACGUAAAAGGAAAGAAAAUAUAGUCAAGAGCAUGCUUUAUCAAUAAGCAUCACACCAUGAAUUUCCGUACCUAAUGUACUACGUGUAAACUUGUAUAGUAUGUACUUCAAUUUUAUAUGCUGUUAACUUAGUUUACCAUUGAUAUUGUACUUUUCUCAUUUUUUCGAAACUAAGAACUUUAUGCAGCGCAAAUCUUGGAUACGACUUGGAAAAAAAGAAACUCGAUUUGGAAAAAAAGAAACAUUUAAAACGCUUUAAAAGUUAAAAAAUAUUUAAAUUC